GCUGGCUGUGUGAGUGGCGACGAAACGGGAAGCUCUCUCUCUCUCUCUGGUUGUCGGGCGUUAGUGAUUUGUGAGAUUGACACGAUUGUGACAGAACGGUGUGGUGUUUGUAAAUUAUUCUGAUUAAGAGGUGACACAAUGGGGUGCUUCUUCUCGAAAAAAUCAAGGAGAAAAUCUCCGAAUAAAAACCCUGCUUUGGCGCUUGACGCUCCUGAAACCAACAACACCAGCGGUAACCAAGAGGAACCCAAACAGUACAGCUGGGACAAACGGGAAAAGGUCGAUCCGAAAGACUUCACGCUGUCCGGUUUGAAGGACACCACCGUGGGCCGUCUGCCCGGGAAACUGAACGGUCAGCAGUUCGUCAUCCAAGAAUGUGAGAACUGCAACAUCUACGUGUUCGACCACUCGGCUACGGUCACCAUCGACGACUGCGUCAACUGCCGCGUGGUGCUCGGCCCCGUCAAAGGCAGCGUCUUCUUCCGGGACUGCAGGGACGUCAAGUGCGUGGUGGCGUGUCAGCAGUUCCGCACCAGGGACUGCAAGAAAAUGGAUGUGUUUCUGUGCUGCGCCACGCAGCCCAUCAUCGAGUCUUCCACAGGGAUGAAGUUCGGCUGUUUUCAGUACUAUUACCCCGAGCUGGCCUUCCACUUCAAGGACGCCGGGCUGAGCAUCUUCAACAACAACUGGAGCAACAUACAUGACUUCACGCCCGUCUCAGGAGAGAACAACUGGAGUCUAAUGGCCGAGGACGCAGAAGUGUCGGAGCACGUCCCUCUUCCCGAUCCCGAGUCGGAGUUUAAGAGUGUCCGCGUGUCUGCCGAUAAGAACCGCAGCAUCGUCCCGCUGACCAAAGGAGGGAGGAGAAAGGAGAGCGAGGAGUCCUGCCUGUUCGUGUUCUUCGCUGGAGAUUACACCACCGCCAACGCUCGCAAGCUCAUCGAUGAGGUGACCUCCAAGGGCUUUGUCCUCAUUCAGACCAAAGAGGUGUCCAUGCGUCCCGAAGACGUGAACCGAGUUUUCCAGAGCAGUGCAGAGGAGCUCACCGAGUGGACGGCGAAAGGUCCCGUGGUGGCUCUCGAGCUGAACGGUGACGGUGUGGUGGAAGCCUGCAGGAUCAUUGCUAACGAGGUGUUCAAAGGAACCAAGGUCUUUGUUUCUGAGAGUAAAAGCUCAGCCUCGCUGGACGUCGACAACUUUUUCAACUUUGCUGACAUGCAGUUGGGACUGUGAACGAAAGCAGACGGAUUUUAUUAUUAUGUUUUUUAUCAGACAUGUUUUUUCUAUGUCCAUUGUUUUUUCCGCUAGGAGUGAACUAGAGGUCAUGAUCUGGUCGUGAAAGCGGUGAAGUGAGAAGCGGUUCACUCGCACGCUUCACUCGCAUUCUAGUGGUCGGUUUAAACCUGUGGUUCUCAGUUGUGGAGUUUGGGGAAACCCCUAGAGGUCAGGAGGUCACGGUGCUGCGAUCACAAACCACCGUUGUCUGAGUAAUUUUCGAGUUUUUCUAGUUAAACGCAAACCUCAAUGACUCAAGAUGCUGUUGGUCAGAUUUAGGAAUCUGAAUCAGAUUCUUUUGAGUUGCUUAUCUUCAGAUCUUUCGAGAGCUUAAAGCAUCCUCAAAACACUCCUGUUCGUUAGAGCAAUGGAAAAAGGAAGCCAGAGGGAGAAAUCACAAAUGUCAUCUGAGUACAGAGAACACUGAGCCAGCCCUAAAGAAAUGACUCGUUAAUUCUAUAAAUAACUUGUUUGCGUCAUGGCCAGAGUUUAUUUCCUCUUUAUCUUCAGCGCAAAAGCAGACAGCAGUGCAAAAGCAGUGUUUGAUUCACUUCGUACAGGUAAGACGAUUCACUGUCUGGUGAGUUGAUUCACCUACCGAUGAGUCGAUUCACUUACUGGUGAGUUGAUUCACUUACAGUUGAGUCGAUUUACUUAUGGGCCAGAGUUUAUUUUCUCUUUAUCUUCAGUGCAAAGCAGGAAGCGUGUUUGAUUCACUUCAUACAAGUGAGUCGAAUAACUGUCUGGUGAGUCGAAUCACUGUCUAUGAAUCAACUCAGCUGUAAGACAGUGAUUCGACUCACCAAUGUUUUCUGGGAAAAGGAAACCCUCUUGAGUUCCAGUAAACAUGGAAAAUGUAUAAAUAAUGAGUCUAAAUAUCUUGAUAUUAUUAUGUUUCAUGGAUUUUUUAAAACAUCAAAAUGGCUCCCUGGGUACAAAAGUUUUGACAAUCCCCAGUUUAAAAAAACUUAUUUACUGGUUUAUUUUUUAAGUGUGUUUUACUGUACUGCUGCUAAAUUGUACGUUUUUGCAGGUUUGAUAUUUUAGUGCUGUAUUUUUAUUAUUAUUUUUUUUCCAACCCUAUUUUCUUGCAUUUUUGAAAGAUUGUUCUUGUGACAGUGAAAACCUUUGAGCAUCGCUGCUUCUUGCUCAGUC